UUUUCUUUUCCCUUCUCCUUCCUUUUUUCACUUAUCUGUGCGCAAGUGCUUCAUCUUCCAUCCUAUUUAGUUCUUAUAUCUGUGUUAUAGUUCUGAUUCUUUUUUUGUCUGCUUGGUUAAACAUUAAGAUAAUAUGAAGUUUGCAUUUCGUUUGAUGGGCUCGAAUUACUUCACUGAGAUGAGCAAACAGAAACAGAAUGUGUUCUUUGUGGUGACUGAAAUAGCAUUUGUGUUCACAUCCAUGGGCUGCCCAGAAAUUUAGCUGCUUCGAGCACAUGUUACGGAGAAUCAGUUGUCCAAAAGCUUGAAAUAUGCCUGUUGGUUUUGAGAACUACAUCUAGAAGCAUUACUGUCUUAAACAAUGAUCGACUGAUGUUAGAAGUCUUUUAUUUCUUUCACUUUGCUAUUAUUCCACAUGAUGAAUUGUCACAUGGCAAUAACUGUCCUCUAGUUUGUUUAAAAUAAUCCUUCGGUUGAACUGCUAUUCGUCACAUCAAAUGGCUUUCCUCCUCAUUCUUCAUGCCGAAAGUGUCAUGCGCCUUCCCCUGAGCUGGAUAUGUUCUUUGCAGCUGUACAAAGCCGAUCGAUAACUAUGCAAGGUGUUGUCAUGUUCUAUGUUGUUACUGACAUCUACGAUUUCAAUGAAUUCAAUCAGGUUAACAUGGCUGUGACGCCAAUACGUUACAAGAUACCGUACAUUGGCCGACCUCCAUUGACCUGGAAUAACCCAAGACAGUGUCAUGGGCUGUUUAUGUGUGACCACUGUUCCAUGGUAGAUGGUUCGAGAUGGAGCUGUUCUGGUGCUGUUGAUACCAACAGAGGAGGCCUUGCAGGUCUCUGCAAAAUGAGAAAAUGCUCGGAGCAUCCUUUCUACAACGAGAUUAUUGGGCAGAAAGCCACCCAAAACGCCUUUGGAAGAAUGCCACGCACAGGAAACCCAAACAUGUCACGUGUCAUGCUUCCAGGGAUAGUAGUGAGAGCCAAUUGAGGGAACUUGAUUCUUAUUUUGGCAAACUUGGUGAUGUAGACAAGCCUGUCUUGGAUGAUUCUAAUGUAAAGAUUGAAGCGCUUGCAAAAAGUGAUGUUUUCAAGUCGCUAAGGGAGCUGGACUUGCAAGAUGCUUAUCUUGACAAACUCAAGGAAGAAAACGGUAUGUCAGAUACCAACUCCAGAGACUGUACAUCAUCAAGUCCCCAGGACGAGAUCACAGCCAAAAGUGAUCUUACGGAAACUCCAUUCCGUCUCAAAGAAGAAUCUAAAAUAGGUUAUUGGAGGAAAACGAGAGUCCGCAAUGAACUAAGUCAAAUAAGGGAUGAGAAUGGGCAGAAUUCUCAAGUUUUACCAAACUCUGAUGACACUUCAGAUCUUUACUUAAUAGGCAUUAUAGCUUCCAUAAACAUCGCUGUGUUUCUGUUCGGGAUAGCGAGCCCUGUCCGGAACUCAGAUAUGGACCUAUUCUCUCUUCCGCUGCUGUAUGGAGCAAAAAUCAAUCACCUCAUCCUGACCGGAGAAUGGUGGAGGCUUGUGACGCCAAUGUUUCUGCACUCGGGAGUUUUCCAUAUGGCUCUUGGUUGUUGGGCGCUUCUCACAUUCGGGCCUAAGGUUUGCAAAGGCUAUGGUUCAUUCACAUUCUUCCUGAUAUACUUACUUGGAGGAAUAUCAGGCAACUUGACAAGCUUUCUACACACGCCAGAUUCAACUGUCGGUGGCACGGCACCAACAUUUGCCAUGAUAGGUGCGUGGCUCAUUUAUCAUAUCCAAAACAAAGACAUGAUUUCGAAGGACAUGUCAGAGAGUAUGUUCCAGAAGGCAAUACUCGCGACGGCUCUCAGCUUUCUGUUGAGCAACUUUGGCCCAAUAGAUGACUGGACACACUUGGGAGCAGCCGUCACGGGCAUAGUGUACGGCUAUUUUACAUGCCCGACCUUACAAAUUGAUGAUGCAUCUUCGACCUCUGGACAGGAAGAGGGAAUCACUCUCGUUAGGCAACCUGCAAAUCCUUGCAAAUCGCUGCUUGUCUUCGCUCUCUUAAUCCUUGUGUUGGGCUCUCUGGUUUUCUUCAUCGAGCCUCCUCUAGGCACACUUGUGACCGAUGACUUUGUAUAAAAUAUGGAAGUAGUGUGAUGAUAAAUACAGGACCGUGUUAGAUGAUGUUACGAAUGGCAGCUGAAACUUUUGAAAGAAACAAAUUCUGUAAUGAAUAGCUUCCGAUGUUGUGUAA